CACAAGAUUUUCAUCCAAAAUUGGAUGAAAACUUUUAAUGGCAUUUUUUUUAAUCAUAUAUAUUUAUUCUUAUAUCCUUUCUUAAAUAAUUACUUUACGCCAGUUGAUAGGCAUAAUAUGUUUUAUAAAAAAAUAACAAUUAAAAAAAACAUUCGGAAAUGUUCGGUCUUUUUUCAAAUUGAAAGUAGGAUUUACAAAUUACAAUAUCAACAUGGAUGUGUUGUUAGCUAUUCAGACAUGUAUCGAACGUUUUGCAUUUUUUCCUUUUAUGGAAUAAAAUCGUUUAUUUUCUAAACAAAUGAAACAUGUUGCUGGAAUUUCUUUUAAAGGUGUUCCGUCCAUUUUGUAAAUUGCAAUCACGUGCCGUUUCUAUCAUCACGUGAUAUUUGUGAAGGCAGUGAUUACUGUACUGCAAGGGAAGUAACACUGCGCGGAGUUUGAAACAGAACUUGCCGGAGAUGGCCGAGUUGGUACGAUUAGUGCGGUGCUCGUUUUACUAAGCAAGCGCUUAUCGACCGGGAUUAUAAUUAAUUUACUGCGAUAUUUCUACAAUUUUAUUGCUGUUUUGGGGAGACUCUCUUUUUAUUAGGUACUCCAUACAGUGUGAGAAGCGAUGAGUGAUGUUAAGGACAUUUUGGAGCUGGACCGGCCAGAGAAGGAAUUUAUCACCAAGGAUGCUCUCAUGAACUCUGACAAAAAGAAGAAGCCCACUCGAAAGUCAGAUGUGAACACAUUCAAGCGUCCUGAGGGCAUGCAUAGGGAGCUAUGGGGGCUGCUAUGGACAGACAAUAGGUUUCCAUGUAACAAGGAUGCACCGCCACUGAUACCGACAGACACCAACCAGGGCUACAAGCAAAUGAAGGCCAAGAUUGGGAGUAGUCGGGUUCGGCCAUGGAAGUGGAUGCCCUUCUCCAACCCCGCCCGCAAGGACGGGGCAAUCUUUCACCACUGGAGACGGGUAGCUGACGAGGGGAAGGACUACCCCUUCGCUAGGUUCGACAAGCAAGCCGAGGUACCUGUUUACUCUGAUCUGGAGUACCAGCAGCACCUGCAUGAUGACAGCUGGACGCGGCAGGAGACUGAUCACUUGUUUGAGCUGUGUAAGAGAUUUGCCCUGCGCUUUGCUGUGAUGUACGACCGCUGGGAUCGGGACAAAUACCCUAACAGGAGCAUCGAGGACCUCAAGGAACGAUAUUACAACAUUUGUAACAAACUGGUUAAGGUGAGAGCACCCCAGGGCACAGAGCCAAAAGUUCGAGCCUAUGAUGCCGAGCAUGAAAGACGAAGGAAACUUCAGCUCACCAAACUGUUUGAUAGAACACCUGAACAGGUUGAGGAGGAGGAGAAGCUUAUUGAAGAGCUGAAAAAGAUUGAACUACGGAAAAAAGAGCGUGAGAAAAAGACCCAGGACCUUCAGAAACUCAUUACAGCUGCCGACACAAACAUUGAUGCUCGCAAAAAUGACAAGAAGAAGGCCAGCAAGAAGUUCCCACAAACACAGAAAAACAUCAAGGAAUCAACAGCACAAAAUACAGAGACGACAGGCAUAAAGUUCCCAGACUUCAAGCAACCGGGUGCAUUUGUUAGAAGUCAAAAGAUGAAGUUGCCGGCCUCUCUGGGCCAGAAGAAGACCAAAGCUAUAGAACAGGUGCUGGAAGAGCUAGGCAUAGAGUACAACCCCAUGCCAACUGAGGAGAUCACCAGUCACUUUAACGAGCUUCGCCAGGACAUUGUGUUAUUGUAUGAACUCAAGCUAGCCCUCGCUUCAUGUGACUACGAGCUUGAGACAUUGAAACAUCAGUAUGAGGUUCUCAACCCGGGAAAGACGCCCGAUGUGCCCUUGCCAGAGACCCCAGACCCGCUACUGGACAUCGGACAGGGAGAUGAUGAACACAGCAGGGACAACAUUGACGUCGUAGGCACACUUACUCCUAAUAGAAAGCGAAAGGCUGCAUUAGAGUCCACAACAGCACAUUUACUGAAGAAAAUGAAGAACAGAGUGUGAGGAUGGGACCCUGUGUUUUGAUAGACAUGUUACUAUGGGCUUCUAUUGACAAGCCAGUGUGUUCAUGAAUGCUGGUCUAGUACAGGACAUGGAAUGAAUGCAGCCAUUAUCAAACCCUUGCCUUGUAAAGGGCAACUGCUGGUUCAUAACUAGACUGGACUCUCAUAUUGGUGUAUGGGGGGGGGGCUCUAAACUUUAGCGCGUCAUGGCGUCUAGUCCAGCAAGAUGUAUAACUAGAGUGAUUACAACCAUAUAAGUGAAAUCCUUAGAAAAUAAUUGAUAUUUUGGAUAUAAAAAAGCAAAUCUUUAAAAUAAGAGAUCUUAUUUAAUAGAUAUGGGCGUUGUGCUUUAUCCUAUUGUGUUAAUGAUUUAUCAUUCUAUUGACAAGGAAAAUUCUGAUUGACAGAGAAAUAUCAACAAGCAGACGUUUACAAGUAGUAGUAUUGCAUUAACCCUAAAUUUCAGUGGUAGAUAUUUUAUGUCAUGGAUGGCAUUCAUGACCUUCCAUUAAACUGUUAAGUUUAGUUACUUUUCAUUUAAACAAUUGCCAGAAAGUAAAAACAUGAAGAACAUUACUUUUACAGAAGGGUCUAUGGAUUUUCCUAGUUUUGUUUUAAAUUAAAGCACAAAAUUGCAUGGCAACAAAAUGGUUCAAUCAUAAUGUAUUUAUUUCUGUGUUAAGCAUUGUUUCUUAAACACCACAAAAGUGGGUAUUUUAUGAGAAUGAAAGGGCAUCAAUAAACAAUUUUAUCAGCUUCAUUUGAUGAAUGAGACUUGAACAUCAAUAGCAGGCUUAGCUACAUCUGUCUUUGCGGAUAUUUACUCUACAAGUGUAUAUUCAUAGUGAAUGUGAUAUAUUGAAUAUAAAAUUAAAUUUCUUAAUUUAAGAUUCA